AUGACGCACAACCAGCAACAUGGAUGCGAAAUUGAAAGUCGCCCGUGCUUGGUACCUCCAUUCUACAUUCGGCUCCUCUACCACGGCAACGAACACGAUGCCCAUGCGUCCCGACGCGAUCGCGACCAGCUCCUGUCGCUGUUACCCACGUCGUACCGCAAAGAGUCCGGUGACUUGGCCGCUGUUGGCAGGCAUGUCACGGCCUGUGUUGAGAAGGAGCUCGACCUUGAGCGGCUUACCAGCAUCCACGACUGGCUCUGGGUCGCGGGCUUGCCCCUGCCGCCGCGGGCGUUGCACAACCAGCUCUUGCUAGGCCGGGGAAUCUUUAUCACGGAGCGGAUGGACAUGCAUCUUGUCUGGACGACGGGUAAGAUGCUCCUCAAGCCGAUCCCGCGCUUCCUUCUAGAGCCCAGCUUCUGGGCCGAAUAUCUCUGCUGCAAAGGUAGCUGCGGAUUGCGUGACGGGGACGUUGCCGUCUGCGGCGCCACAAACAAAUGCGAGCGCCAAGGCCUCCGACGGCGUGCGCUUGGCUUCCUCUUCUCGUACGCAGCGCUCAUAUCCCACGAGAGCGACUUCCGCAUCGCUCAGGACAAGCACCUACUUCCGCCGGAGGUGUCAUGGCCCGCAUGGAGGAUAUUCGUUGGGCAGCUGGAUACGGAGCGCAUCUAUACACAUGUUGAUCCCCGCUUUCAGUACGGCGAGCUGCGUCUGAGCCGCCUGAACAAGAUAUACGCCUUCACGCAGACCCCGUUGCGUGGCUACGUGCGCCGCUGGAAUCAGUAUGGCGCUUUCUUUCAUGACAACUUUGCCUGGCUGGCCAGUGCAUCGCUCUACAUCGUUAUUGUCUUGACCGCAAUGCAGGUCGGGCUCGCAACAGAGUCCCUUGGCCGCAAUGAUGCUUUUCAGGCUGCAUCGUACGGCUUCACGGUCUUUUCUAUUCUGGGGCCCCUCAUUGCCGUCUCGCUUAUCGUCAUAGCAUUCUGCUGUAUUUUUGUUUGUAACUGGAUGAAGGCCGCUAGUUACAGGAAUAGGCGCCUUGAAUAG